UGGCACAUAACAACCAUGAGGGGACUUCAAAUUUGUGUUGUGCAGAGGCCAUUCUGCAUCCAAAAGGAGUGUGCCACACAAAGCUGAGGCAAGAAGGAGGCUGAAGGUUCAUUUUGUGCAAAAAUACCAGGAAGGUUCUGAAGCAGACUGUGCCUCACUGAGCUUAGCCUCAAGAAAUCACUAUGCAAAAAAUCAUUUUACUCUGCAGAAAUAUUUGCCAAGUUUGAAUUUUAUUUUCUGUUAGUCAAGUUGAAUAACCAGGUAACAGAACAAAACAAAUCAGGAGUCCUGGAGACCGUAAGAAUCCAAGUGUAUCCAGUUUGGUAGGACCUUAAAUACAAUAUCGUGUAAUCCAUAAGUGUCGCAAAGAAAACCUUUCCCAGGAAUUUUUGGCCUUUCUUUUUGCUUGAUACUCACUGUAGACCGCAGCCAGAAGCCGCUCACUCACUCGCCACACACAAUGGGAUGGGUGAGAGAUUACAAGUGCAAAAGAGAGAAAACUCAUGGAUUGAGACACAGUUUAAUAAGUGAAAGAAAGGGAUGGGGGAGGGAUGCAAAGGCUCACCACCUCCUGCAAGCAGAUUGAUGUCCAGCCAGUCUCCAUGCAAUGGCUACCUUGGAAGACAACCCUCACUCCACCUUCUUCUGCUAGCCCAGUUUUAUUGCUGAGCAUGACAUUGUAUCAUACGGAAAAUCCCUUUGGAGAACUUGGGUCAGCUGUCCUGACUCUGUCCCCUGACAGCCUCUUUACCAGACACUGUGGGGACAGAGUGUGAAACAGAAAAAGCCUUGACACUGUGCAAACACUCUUUACCAAUGCCCAAAACACUGGUGUGUUAUCAACACUGGUUUAGCCACAGACCAAACAUGGCACUAUACAGCCAGCUAUGAAGAAAGUUAACUCCAUCCCAGCUAGGUCCAUAACAUUCACAAAGACAUUUGAGCAGCUCUUGAGUUGCAUUGAGUCCACUGUCGGCUGCAUUCAGCUUGGGCAGAAUCCUGCUGAGCCUCCUGUCCAAGUCAAAUUACUAAGAAACAGUGAUCAUUCACCACUGAAUCAUCCAAUCCUACUUCACUUUUUCAUCCUACCACAUCCAAAGGAGGCUCAGGUCUUAGUUUCUAUGUCUUUUCCACUAGACCACAAAAGCUCUGAUGCCCAUUAACAAGUUCUGCAUGGGACAGACUUCCAUGAAACAUCCUUGUUCAGCGUUACUCACUUCAGAAAAUGUCACAGUGUAAAUAUUUCAGUGACAAUAAUGUGAGUCUUCUUAAUAUAAUUUUACAUCAUGGAGCCCCUUUAUUGUCACUAUGGGACUACAGCAACUUCUGUUAUUAAAUGUCUCUAACAUAAUUUCUUCUGACCUCCUUGAACUUUCUCUACAAAAGCCAUACUCUCUGACAUAGGCACAGGUACUCUGCUGAAUGUAAAUGAUACAUUAUCUAUAUAUCAUUAUAUGUACAAUGACAUACAAUAACUAUGAUGUUUGGGCAGGAAAUUAUUUUGCCUGACCCAAACAGUUCUUGUCAUUCAAUAUCAAGACAAAAAGAUGAAGUCUGGAAAAUUCACACAGCUAGAUCUAAAAAUUAGCAUCUGUUUCCUUUUGAUAUUGAUCUUAUUAGAGUUAGAUUGAUUCUUGCUGAUUUUGAACCCAAAGAAAUUACAAUUCUUUUAGUGGAAAGUUUUUUAUUUCAGUUCAAGCCCAAUGUUCAUCAAACCCCUCUCUCUUUUUAAAAAAAAAACCACCAAACAACACAAAAAACCAAAAAGGAGGGGAGUUGAGAAAUUUCCAGUAGAAAAUAAAAUGGAACGUGAUGUCUGUCCUUUCUCAGCAAGGUCUUGUGUUUAAACUCUCCUUUUCAGUUUUACCCAUGGCCCAGUUAAAAGGUAUGUGUGAUUUGCUCAAUAGCCUGUCAAGCGGAAUGGGGCUCUGGAGGCUUUCAAAUUCCUCUAGUGUAUAAGAGGAAAUAGUCAGUACCACACACUAAAGAAUGGAGUUCAAAGUGGUUUAAGCACAUCCUCAUCUCCUGCCACUGAGAGCAUGGUCCAGAUCCUACUUUACUGCCACAGUCAGACAUAAACUCAGUUGUUAAGGAAGAAAAAGAUGAACCUACCCUAACAAUAAAAUAUUUUUUUUUCAUCAAGCUUUAGAUUUUGGAAAUUGAUAGAUUUCCUGUAAGUCUACCAAAAUGUACAGAAAUUACCAUAUGGAGGGUAUCUGGGUUGUUUUCAAUAUCAGGUGGAAGCAUCGUUCCUUUAGCAACUGCUUCAAACAUAGUGUGUAAUGUAGUCCUCUCUUGCAUAAUUCAGCAGUGUUUUAGUAUAGGUCAUCUUUCUCUGAAAUGAAAGUUUUUCUCAUCAUGUCAGUCAGAAGUACAUUGGACUUAAGCUAGUAACACACAAACUCGUCAAUACAUGUUCAGCUAUACCCAUAUAGCUGACCUAUUGUGAGAAACCAUAAUGGUCUUUUUCCAUUUAUGUGCCUCUCCUUUUGGAUUAGAGGUAAUAUGCACAGCCUGAAACAAAUCACAAGCCAGUCUGUGGACUGGUGUUUCCAGUCCUCAGAAACUAUCACUUCCAGUAGGGUUUGGUGGUAUGAAGCUGAGACCGGUGAUGGUCCCAGGGGACCAGGGAGGUUGUGGCUGCCCUGCUCAGCUUUGGUUUUCUCUGCCAAUGCUUCAUGGACCUCCAUCAGAUUGCACUGGUACAGCUAGAGGUAGAAGAUAUCUUCACAUUCGUUAGGGUAAGCUCCUCUCUCUUUUUCCUGAGGGAUUUCACCUAUUUUUGUAAAUUAUAUUUUAUAUCUAGUUCUCCAAUAUAAAAAGACUCUCCUGAAAGGCCAUCUCAUUUGGGAGGAAAGCGACAGACUUCCCACAGCUUCCUAUUUCUAGAGGGCACAUUUAAAGAGCUGCCUUCUGAUCUCUGUAAAAACAGCAGAAACCUAUUUAACUUCACUGAACUUCACCUUUCCUGCAGCAUAGGGUACCUCACAAGAGAACUUGAUUCAGAAUAAUUACCUAGACAGUGUUGUGCAUGCUUCCUAGGAAAUGCCACUAGUUUCAGUGAGAUAGGACUCCCAUCCAUCACAUCUCUGCCUCUGCAUCAACUAAUACAGGCAGGCUGUCUGACCAAGAGGCUGUUGCAAAAUGCCUUUGUGUAUAAGGAAUGUGGGGAAGUCCAGUAAGAAGCGAUUAUACAGUAACUGUACUGAUGAAGUUACACAACGUGAACGUCCCUAUGACCCUGUGGUUUCACUGUUCGGAGAAUAUGAAAAGGAAGAGCCAAAGCUGGCUGCUGGCUAUGACAUGACAUCAACAGGGAAGUCAAAGGCAAGGUUUGUUUAACGUGCUUUCAUUUAGUUCUUAGAACAGUGAUGACAUUACAUUAACACCACCAAAAAGUGAGUCAUGUAUAUAAUUGCCGCUUGGAGCUAUCAGGACCUAUAUAAAUAUUUUAGCUGUGGUCUUGAGAGACAGAAGGUCAAACCCUUUCUGCUGUAGCAAGGUUCCUUGGUAAACUGGGCACUAUGCGAUACCUCCUGCUUUGUGCUGCCAUCCUCUUACCUAAGAGUCUUGCUUUCCCAGCACAACUUAAACUAGAAUCAUCGAGCAACAGAGACCUUGAGGAUUUAAAGGCAUAUCUUGACAGAUUCUUUCCACUUCUUACAAAAACACCAAGUUUAAGCUUAGAAGACAGGAUUAAAGAAAUGCAGAGGUUUUUCCACCUGACUUUAACUGGAAAAUUAAAUGCAGAAACAAAAGAAACAAUGAAACAGCCCAGAUGUGGAAUCCCUGAUAUAGCAAACUACGAAACAUUUCCUGGAAAUCCAAGAUGGAGAAAGAGACAUUUGACUUACAGGAUUGUGAAUUAUACACCUGAUCUACCUCAAAAGAAAGUGGAUGAUGCAAUUAGAAGGGCCUUUAUGGUAUGGAGUGAUGUGACUCCACUGAAGUUCCAAAGAGUAUUCAAGGGACAUGCAGACAUUAUGAUUCAAUUUGCACGUGGUGAGCACGGUGAUGGAUAUCCUUUUGAUGGAAAAGGUAAAACACUAGCUCAUGCAUUUGCACCUGGAGAAGGUAUUGGUGGAGAUGCUCAUUUUGAUGAUGCUGAAAGGUGGUCAGAGUACAAUCAAGAAGUUAAUUUGUUCCUUGUUGCUGCUCAUGAAUUUGGCCAUUCUUUGGGACUUGCUCAUUCAAAUGUCCAGGGAGCUCUGAUGUACCCUCUCUACUCAUAUGUGAACCCAGCAACCUUCAGACUUUCAGAGGACGAUAAGCGAGGAAUUCAGAAGCUAUAUGGGAGAAAGUCGUCAAACUUUUGAAGGCAGUGCUUCAAAAAGAUGAAAUAAUUCACAUCUGGUUGCUUUGGUAUGCCAAAACAAUUUUAAUCCUCUAGAUAAUUAAAGUGGUAAACUCCUGGACUGCACUUUCC